AUGGAAAGGGAAGCCAAGCGAUUUGCAAGGAGAAUUCCGAGACUUUUGAAAAGCUUGCAGGUUGCCGAAGAAUCGGCUAAUGAGAAUGAAAAGAUGAAAGGGAAGCCAAGCGAUUUGAAGGAGAAUUCGGAGACUUUUGAAAAGCUCAGCUGCGCUGAAGUUGCCGAAGAAUCGGCUAAUGAGAAUGAAAAGAUGAAAGGGAAGCCAAGCGAUUUGAAGGGAGAAUUCCGAGACUUUUUGAAAAGCUUUCAGAGCUCAUGCCCGUUGUGCAAUCGAAAAGAAGCCGUUCAAUGCUUCAAGGGCUCAAAUUCGCUGGUUGAGUCUGAACAACAUUCGAAAGUGUCUCAAACGGAUUCGAUUGGUUUGCAGAUGGAGUCGCAACACAUCGGCGAAGUCGAGCAGCUCAACUCUGACAUUAAAAAAUCUCAAAACGAUGAAGAGCGUUGUCAUCAAGGCGGAACCCGAAGGCAAGGCCGUCUUUACUCCGAUCGAUCAAUGAGGAUG